GAUUCGAUUUUGUUGUGUCAUCCGUGUUCGUCACAAUAUUCUUAAUCUGUAGAAUCUAUCAUACCUAUCAUACUCAUUUUAAACAUGAAAUCGCAGGAUGGUAUACUAAAGUUUUCCCUGCAGAGUGACAUAUUACAACUAUGUUAAUUGAAAAAUGUGUGCAAAGUCUGUUAAACGUAUAUAUAUAUGUAUAUGUAUAAUAUAUAUAUAUAAAUAUUUAAAAAACAUUGCUUUUCAGUUCACGAAAUUCUCAUCUUCGCCUCAAACUAAGACGAUAAAAUUUUCUUUUUUUUUGUUUAAUAGCCGAAUCAAAAUAUUAAAAUAUUAUUUUUACUGUGUAUAAUAUAAGUUGAAAGGUCUUGGCAGCACUUCCAUCUCCACCCAUGAGCAGAAAACCAAAUAAUUUUCGCCGAGGUGGAGGUAGUAGUGUUAAUCGACGUUUUGGUGGUACGAGGUCCUUAGGUAACUAUAAUAGAAGCGGUAAUCGUAAGGAUGGACAUGCAGAAAACCGCCGUUCCGGUAGCUGGGGAGGCGGUAAUAUUUAUUGGUCUUAUAAAGAAAGUAGCAACAAUAACAAUAACUUUGGGUUUAUUAGCAAUUCAAAGCUAAAUAAUCAAGAAGACGGCUUUCAAAAGUUUCGUGAUCCAAAUGCAUUAGAACAACAUAAUAGUAAUAUGCGGUCUCAUCAUGAUUCGCAAGAACGCAAUGGACGUGGCUGUGGUCGAGAAAGGCGCGGUGGAAAGCCAAAAUUUGGAGGUGAGACUCAUAAAAAUGAUGUAAAUUGGUAUGAAGAACGGAGAAAUGCUCAGUUACUACAAGCCGAUGAACAAAAUCAAGAUUAUUUGCCUUCAUCGGCUUUGCAAGUGUCUACCACAAGUAAUUUACCACAAACAAUACCAUUAGUUGCUCCACCUCCCACACUUUCAACAACUUUAAAAAACCUUUCUCAUGAUGAAGUUUCAAAAGAGUGUAAUCUGGAAAACAAGAAAGAUGUUUUAAAGUACAUAAAACAAGAAAAAACUGAGGUAGAAAAGGAUAAUCGUAUUUUAAAACAAACACAUAAACCUGCAAGUUCUUCCAGUUCUUCUUCAGAAUCUUCUGAAAGUGAAGAUGAGGAGCUACCAAGCAAAGCAUCACAAAAUAUAGUUAAAAAUAACACCAUAAAAGUAAAACAAGAAGCACUGGGUAAACAACCACAAAAAAUAAACACAGAACAGUCAACUUCUGAUUCUUCUUCAGAGGAUAGGAAAAGAAGUGAUAAAACCAGUACUAAGUCCAAUAUGAUCAUGGAGAAAGGACCAAAAAUUGCAAAAAAACAAUCCAAGAAGAAGCACUCAUCCGAGGAGGACUUAAUAUGCCUUGGGAAAUUGGAAAGAAAUUUUGUAAUCGAAGAUGAUGUAUCAGAAGAGACGGAAGUUUCAUCAAAAAAUAGAUCCGGGAUGACCAAUAACCAAUGCUUAAUAUGUGAUAAGCCGGGUCACUCUGCUUUUGAAUGUCAAAUGAUUUGUAAAAACUGCUCUGCACCGUAUCAUAGUAUGAAAAGUUGCCCCAAACCAGCAAACCUCAGCACUAUGCUUCAAUCUUACAUGGAAUUCUGUAUUGGUCAAAUGAGUCAGUUCAAUCCCGAAAAAAAGUUCACCAUGCCCCCAAAUAUUUGUGUCAGUGAAAGCUCCUUGGCGCAAAUCAAGUCACAGCUAACUACUGUACAAAAUAAAAAGGUCAAAAGGCUGCAGACAAAAUCGGAGAAUUCGCUAAAGAAGGCUACAAAACGUAGACACAGAUACGCUUCUAAAUCUAGUGAUGAUGAAAAGGAUGACGUGGAGAAUAAAACAGGGACAGAAACAUCUGAAUCGGAAUCAGAAAGUGAUUCAAGCGAAAAACUAACGGCUACAAAAGUAAAAAAGAGGCGCACAAAGAUGCCUAGUCCGAUGAAGACUCCUAAAUUCCACAAUACAUUUGUGCCACCAUUUUCAUCGUUUCCUGCUUUUGGUGCAGCUGCUGCUGCUUACAAUCCACUACUCUUAAGUCAACUUAUGAACAGCGGGGGCUUUGGUGCCGCUGACAAACUGAUUUUUCAAUAAAUUAUAUUUGAUUAAGUUAUAAGAACAUUCAUCUUUGUUAUAUGUGAACAUUUCACGUAGAGAAUGUGCGGUGAAUGUUGACUUAACUUUGUAAUGUAUGUACAUUCUUUUUAGAGGAAAAUUUUAAAUGCCAACUUUAUAGCUUUAUGAAAUAAAUCCUUUUAAUUUUGAGUAUAAGAA